UAGUCGGCGGUGCCCGUUGACGCCGAAUCCUUCGGUGUUGGAUCCACUGCACUGCAGUUCAUACAGGUUCUGCUAUGGUACUCGGUGCGGUGGUCCGCUAUGCGGCGCUAGUAUCACUUGCAAUAUGGGGCGCGUAUGCAGCGACUUCAUCACUGGACACAAUCCAGCUCGAGAUGUCGAAUACCAUGGCUCGUAGUCAAGCGAUCGACGCAUUGCACGGGCGGUAUCGGUAUCACCGAUCAAUAGAUGAAGAGCUCCAGGCGGUACAGACCUUGAGUGACGAAGAUCCACCUGAUGGGGAAGCUGCACGCAAUCAAGCGACUGUGGAAAUGGGACUUCGCUCUGGUGCUGGAUCGCACACGAUUCAAGUGACGGUCGGCGGGCAGCAGCGUGAAUUAAUCAUCGACACAGGUAGCGGCAAGACGGCUUUUGUAUGUGUAGGCUGCAACAACUGCGGCAACAAACGGAAGCACCAGCCGUUUGUCUUCACGGUCAACACGACGUAUUUAAGCUGUGAUCGAUCCAUGAUCGCUAUGUCGAACAGGGGCGAACCGCCGUGUGUAGACUGUGAGAAUGGCAGGUGUAAAUACGGCCAGACGUACGUUGAAGGAGACCACUGGACGGCAUACAAGGCGUCCGAUAUGAUGCAGUUAUCGUCGUCAUUCGAGGCACGCGUCGAGUUCGGCUGCAUCUACGAGCAGUCGGGAGUGUUCCUCGAUCAGCCGUCGGACGGCAUCAUGGGCUUCUCGCGACACCCGGACUCUAUCUACGAGCAGUUCUAUCGACAGAAGGUGACACGUUCUCGUAUCUUCUCGCAGUGUCUGGCCGAAGGUGGCGGUUUGCUCACGAUCGGCGGGGUAGAUCUGGCUCGCCACACGGAACCGGUACGGUACACUCCUCUACGCAACACUGGGUACCAGUACUGGACAGUGACGCUGCUCUCAGUGUCUAUUGGCAACGCGAACAACACUAUGCAGGUGGAUAAGAAGGAAUUCAAUGCCGACCGCGGGUGCGUACUGGACAGCGGGACGACCUUCUUGUACAUGCCUGAGAGCACCAAGCAACCAUUCCGACUCGCUUGGAGUCGAGCGGUGGGAAGCUUCUCGUUCGUGCCUGAAAGCGACACGUUCUACUUCAUGACGUCCGAACAGGUCGCUGCGCUGCCGGAUGUUUGCUUCUGGUUCAAGAACGACGUGCACAUUUGUCUACCGUCGACUCGCUAUUUUGCACAAGUCGGGAACGGGAUCUACACGGGCACAAUCUUCUUCACUGCUGGACCAAAGGCUACGAUACUGGGGGCGAGCGUUUUGGAAGGACACGACGUCAUCUAUGACGUUGAUAACCACCGCGUAGGAAUCGCCGAAGCGAUGUGUGACCAGCCACUGCAGGCGCAGGUGGAGCUCAGUCUCGAUCCUGGCGGUGACAAGUUCAAGCCAGGCUUCGACUACUCGCAGGCGCCUCAGUGGAUGCUAGCGUGCAUCACUCUGCUAGCUGUGGCUGGUCUUAUCAACACGAUCUGGGCUGCUGCUGCAAUCGAGGGAGAUUCUACAGCAGACAUAGAUAAAAACACUAAGCCACCGACUGUAAGGAUCAGUAAUGACUGGCAGGAUGAGGAGUUCUCUUUCUUCCUCAUGGAGGAAAACGCGCCUAAGUAACUAGAGCCAUCGACAGUUAAACGGUUAAAGCACACAAUACAUUUUCCAGGAGGUUAUUGCUCCUCCUAUCGGGUUUCGAAGG